CCUGUAUUAUAUAAUAGUAUUUUAAAACACUGGUACUGUAAAAUGCAAAAUAUGUAAUUCAUACAUAACAAAACUCGAAAGAUAUCGAUAAUCGUUCGCUCGUUAAAUAUAAUUUCAUAGUAAAUUAUAUGAAUCGUAUUGCGUAGUUGUACAUUUAGGUAGGUAAAAAACCAUGUAUCGCAAUUUAGUCAGGUUAGAAACAGUGGAAUCAUAACCUUAAUGUUUACUAUAUAUACGAAACCAACUUAAAAAUUUUAAAAUAUUAUUUUAACCUAAACCAGUUUCUUCGAUAUCAAAACAUGAAAGCUUGGAAAGAAUCUGCUAGUUUAAUCUUAGCAGCGCGUCAUACACAAAAAUAUAUUCGUCCUUCUUUACCCUCAAACUUUCAGUAUGACUACAAUUUGUUGUGCUUAAAACGACAUCAGAAUUCGAAAUUUAUGCCAAGUACUUACGUGUUCCCUGGUGGCGUGGUGCAUCCGUCGGACGCUGAUUUGAAAUGGCACAAUCUUUUCUCCGCCUUUGGUUUCGAUGUUAACAGUUUCUCGUCCUUAACACCAAACACGAGCGUGCGUCCUUCAAUUUUCAAAUCAAGACCAAACGAAUUGCCAAAAGAAAUAUCAUUGCGUAUCACCGCAAUUCGUGAAACUUUCGAAGAAUGCGGUGUAUUAAUUUGCAAGCAAUCAAAGGAAAGUACCGAUAAUUUUGGUUGGGCACAACACGUUAAGAUUUCUGAAAACGAAUUGGGCAGAUGGCAAACGAAAGUACACAACGAUGCAACAGAGUUUUAUUCAUUGUGCGAAAACUUCAAUUGUUACCCGGAUUUAUGGGCUCUUUACGAAUGGAGCAAUUGGCUGACACCAACUUAUUAUACCGGAAGACGUUUUGAUACCGUUUUUUAUUUGGCCUGCUUACCAAACAAUGUAAAUUCUGCUAUAGAAGCAACGGAAAUAGAGGAUUCAAAAUGGGAUCAGCCAGGUGGUUACAUAUUUUCUAAUUCAGAUAUUGUACUGCCACCUCCGCAACAAUACGAAAUUGCUAGGAUUGCGAAAUUUGAAAGUAUAGACAAUUUAUUAGAUUUCGCGAUUGAUCGUAGCAAAAUGGGAGUGCUAUUGAAUCUACCGGUAAAGGUGGAACUGCAGGAUGGAAAGGUACAUGUUCUGCCAGGAGAUUCAAUGUAUCCCAGCAAAGUUAAUUUAGUUGACGAGCAAGUUAUCGACAGGAGGAAUAUCACUAUUCGCGAAUUUCGAGAUAUGUCAGCUGUAAAAAAUAGAAUGGAAUUUUUCAACCUUCAAGUGACAGAAUUGUUCGUUCAAAAUUUUGAUAGCAUCGAUGGUCAUUUGUCUCCUAUACAAUUAAGAAAUGUCUACGUGACUUCCCUAAAUAAAAAGUCUACUUCUUAAUUUAUCUUUGUAGCAAUAUACAAUGUUUUUUGAAGGGGAAAUCUUGUGCAUUUUUAAUGUUUAUUUUAUGUCCUUAUUGCGUAAA